CAGUACCAUACAGAAAAAGCGGGAGUAUGUUACGUGCCGUCUGCCUUGGCGUAUGAUCGUGCCGAGAAUUUAUAAAGCAGCUGACGCGUGCGCCGCUGUCAACUCUCUGUCAGAAAUGUUCGCUUAUGUUGUACUCGCUUUAAGCCUGCUGGCGUUCGCGGCCUUAGACCCCAUCAGAGGGGGCUCAUGCCCUCCUACUCUAUCAGUGGACGUGUGCGAAGGCCUCUGCAGUACAGCCAAUCCGUGCGUCAACGCGACUCAGCUCUGCUGUCCGACUGACUGCGGCGGUGCGAUGUGCGUUGAUGCGGUGACGAAAAGACACUUUGAGGACGUAGUGAAACCCGGUCGCUGCCCGGAGAACCCGCGCGGCGUGUGGGUCUGUAGCCACAUGUGUACCAGCGACUCGGACUGCCCGCGCGCGCUCAAGUGCUGCGCCAACCGCUGCGGCGCCUUCGUCUGCCAGAAACCCACGCAGGAAUAACAUUAUAACUCAUA